CAUGCAAAUCCACUUUUUUGUUUUUGUUUCUUUUUUUUAACUUGCAACUCGUAGUGCUUUUCACGGAAAUACGUCACUAGGAGGAUCCGGUCCGGUCCUUUCUUGCGGGGAAACACGUGAAUUCAAUAUUCAGUUCCCCACACAUUCAAAUACUGCCAGUCAGUCCUCAGAAUAACCAGCCAUGUCCGCCGUCGCAUCCCAGAUCAUUUUCCAUCCAGCUGUCUCUCAAUCCCUCAAAUUUGGUACAACCACGCUCGGAAGGGACAAGACCUACCGCGCAAUCCAAUAUUUCGCCAGGUUCUACACAUGGUACCUUCUUUUUCGCGGUGAAAAGGAUGCUGCAGUUCCUUGGAAUGCCCUCAAAGCCCAUCUUGGGACUGCUCGCAAACUUCUUCGGUUGGGGAAACCUAUGGAACACUUACAGGCAGCCCUUCGGGCCGUCCUCUCCUCCUCUUCUGCACCCGAACAAAUAACAACUAUUGCUCGACAAAUAGCAUACUUUGGGUACUUGUCCCUCGACGCCUUGGUCUGGGCAAACUCCAUAAAAUUUGUCCAGUUCAAGUCUGAAACCGCUCAGAAGAUACAGAGACUCUCAAAUAGAUUUUGGUUUACCGGAAUUGUUUUCGGUCUGCUCAAUGGGAUAAUCAAAAUGCUUCGUAUACACAAAGAGUUGUUGGCUUUGAAAUCCAAGUCUAUCGGCGACAAGAAUCUUGGUACCGAAGCCGACUACUCUACAAAGGCGGCGGCCCUGAAAGCUUCACGUGCGGCUACACUGCAUCAGCUUACCCUCGAUUCGCUCGAUGUUUGGAUUCCCGCGACCGGACUCGGCCUGACGAAUCUCAACGAUGGCGUAUUGGGUAUCUUUGGGCUGAUUACCUCGUUAAUGGCAGCCAGGAAGCAAUGGAAUGCCGUCCAUGGAAAGAAGUGAUCUGUAUAUUCUAUAAAUUAAGAUAAUCGUGUAAGAAGUUUCCUCGGUCGUGAAAAGUGUGUAUGAGAUGCAAGUGCAGAAGGAUAUAAUUUUUGCUACGAUCUCAAAGACUCGUCAAAAAGUUUGCGUU